AUGGGAGACACAAACAAAAACGUUUCUUUGAAACAAACCCAUCAACCAAACCCCAUUCUUGAGCCUCUCUUCCAUGCCCUUGAUCCCAUAUCUCUGAUCCUCAACCAGAAUUCUCAUUCAGAACAACAACAACAACCUUUUCCUCUUAUGCUCACCUCUUCAGAUAGCUUCAUCAUGGAGAGAGGACCCAAAUACAAUGCAUACGCUGAGUUGAGGGAAACAAGGCUACGCAUGAAGUGCAUGAGGAUGCAAGAACAAGAACAUGAGGAGGAUCUUGAACCAAUUAUUAAACUUGCAACCCCACCAACGAAACAGGUCAAGUUUCAAAAAGGGUCAUUGUUUAUUGCUCAGUCCGUGCCAGAUUUCUCUGCAACAUUGAGGAAAGAGAAUAGGAAACCUGUGAACACUACUUUGCCUUCAAUGAUGGAGAUGACACCACCACCGUCCAAGACCAAGAGUUUCUUCUCCAAAGGUAAUGGGGUGUUGUCAAGUUCAAGAGGAAGCAAGUCAGCGAGUGCUGGUGAGAAAAAGAAAGAUGGUGGUGGUGGUGCAGUUUUGUUGAUGGCAAGGAAGAGCUAUGCCAGCAUUGAUGAGCUCAAGAGUUUGUCUUCUGCUACGGCCAUUGCCAUCAAUGGUGAAGGCAGAGGAGGAAGGAAUAACAGAGUUAUGGGGAAGACAGUUUCAAGGCACAGACAGUUUUGA